AUGAACAACGGAGCUCCAAUGGACAACGAGUUUGCAGGUACGGGCGAUUGGAUCAACGACGCAAACGGACCUCCCUACCCACCUGCGGACUAUCAGUACCCCUCUCCUACUGUCGCCCACCAAGCGCCUCGAGCGUACCACAACGCGCCGUCAAGAUCCGGGCCAGAUGGAACCAUCAACGCUCAAUUGGGACAUGCACCUGUCUACGAACAACCGCCCGGGCCUGUUGUGCCAGGGCAAGGGUGGAACGUCCACCAAUAUGCUCUGCAACCGGAUGAGCGAAUAUAUAUCGGGCUCCCGGCUCAACACCCACUACGGGCAUAUUGGUCCCCUUACGCACAGGUGCCGCGUCUGUCGCAACAACCAGCCCCAGUCGCCUCAUGGUUCGUACCAAACCAGGAUGAGAUGCGGGCGAACGAUUACCUUGGUCCCCCAUACCACCCUGGGCCCGCAGGGAUGCCUCAGCAUGCCUCUUUACAAGGAUAUGCGCCCGACUUCAACAUGCCCGACGAACCGAUGUUCCAUGCUCCAGAAGUUCUACCACAGCCACCCUACAUCAAUGUUCGGUGGCCACCCUCGGCACCACCCAACGAAUCUGCAACAGGACGAUGGCUGCGAGAUUCCAGGACCGUUCAAGAGCUCACUGGACCUCAGAUCGCUGCUACUGUCCCGAUCGCCCCGACAGCCAAUCCGCUUCCCACUCCGCCAAGCACUAUCACCCGCUCCUCCGGCAGUUCAGCACGCCGGCGGAAGACUGAGAUUCUCAGCUACGCUUCGACACGGCAGGGGACUUGGCUCACCACAAAAUCUCCGUGCAUGGCGCACGCAGGUACCCCUGCCGUCAAUGCUCGGAAGAGUUCGUCUACCCAAAGGACCUACGGCGCCAUGCUAAGGGACAGCAUGGCGACCGUACAGUCCUUCCGCGGUGGUACUGUCCUGUCGCUGAGUGUAAUUAUUACACGAAAGGGUUCUCUACAAACUGGAACUGUACCAGACACGUUGAAAACGCUCAUGCAGUUGCAACCUCAUCUGCGUCGAUGA